AUGUCGUCCCCAGCUGCUCGUCGUGGUCGUGGUCGCCCACCACGAGACUCAGCGACCUCGACACCUCGCUCGACUCGCACUCAACAAACCGCCAGCAGCCCGCAAUCGCAGGCAGCCGGCUCGCAGGCGACUCCCCGCGCUUCCAGGCGCAUCAGAGGUGAAGAAGCUGUGCCAUCUUCAUCACCCUUGAUGUUUCAAUCUUCAUCGCCAGUGCGUACACGGAAUGAACCUCAAGAAGUGACUAUGGACGCCAGCUCGCCGAUCAGGGGAUCCUCCAUUACGGGAGAUGGCGAUACCACACCCCGAGGCAACAGACUCGGCAUAAGAGACUCGUCUCCAAUUCGCUACAUGUCCAGUUCUAGCCCACCACGCAACGGUACCCUUCAAGAUAUUCGCUCCGACAUCCCCAGCAGCAGCAGCGGUCUGUUUGUUGGAUCGUCUCGUCCUGAGCUAUCCGGUUACUCUCGCAAUGCCUCUCGUCGGGGAGAUAUUCAUUCCGACGCCUUUGGGUCGACACCGAACCGUCGCCGAAGGGUAUUCGUGGAUGCAAAUGGCAUGCCAGUCAACCAGAGCGAACCCCAGUCAGACGCCACCUUUUCUAAUGUCAACCCCGAUACCUCAGAAGCUGAUGCACUUGGUGGUAGCUCCACCCGUGUUAUCUGGGGCACGAACAUCUCGAUUCAGGAUUCCAUGUCUGCCUUUAAGAAUUUCUUGUACAACUAUGCACGAAAAUACCGCAUGUGGGCUGACGGAUCAACCGAAGACGACACCCAUGCUUUGGGUGAUGCUGCCGAAGAAAAGGAAUAUAUCACGAUGCUAAACAAUAUGCGGAAGCUGGGUGUCACAGGACUCAAUUUGGACGCCAGGAACCUGAAGUCCUAUCCUUCGACAUUGAAAUUAUGGCACCAACUCCAUGCCUAUCCUCAGGAAAUUAUUCCUCUGAUGGAUCAGACGAUCAAAGACGUCAUGGUUGAAUUAGCUCUAAAAGAAAUGGAGAGCCUCAGAACUCAAGCACAGAGGAACCAACCACGAACAAGAGAUAGUUCGGCACCGCUAGUACCCAGUUCAGAUGCUUUGAGUGAUGCUGGGCGUGGUCAGCUUCCCGAGAUACCUGACUUGGUAGAGCAAGUCGAUCUGAAGACGUAUAAAGUCUUGCCUUUCGGGCUGGACAAGUCUGUCAACAUGCGAGAUUUAGACCCAGCUGACAUGGAUAAGCUCAUCAGCAUCAAGGGCCUGGUCAUUCGUACGACUCCGGUUAUUCCAGAUAUGAAAGAAGCAUUCUUCGCUUGCCAAAUCUGUAACCAUAGUGUUCGGAUUGACAUCGAUCGUGGCAAAAUCCAAGAACCCACCGUUUGUUCUCGGCCGCAAUGCAAAAGUCCUAAUUCAAUGCAACUCGUUCACAACCGAUGCGUCUUUGCAGACAAACAAGUUAUCAAGCUCCAAGAGACUCCCGAUAAUGUUCCAGACGGCCAGACACCACAUUCGGUAUCACUGUGCGCUUAUGACGAGCUUGUCGAUGUUUGCAAAGCAGGCGACCGUGUGGAAGUAACUGGAAUUUUCCGAUGCAAUCCGGUUCGUGUCAACCCUCGCCAGCGGACAACGAAGACGCUCUUUAAAACAUACGUGGAUGUACUUCACAUCCAGAAGGUCGACAAGAAGAAACUUGGCAUCGAUGCCUCUACAGUUGAGCAAGAACUUUCUGAGCAAGCAGCAGGGGAUCCAGAGCAGGUGCGAAAGAUCACUGCUGAGGAGCUGCAGAAAAUCAAGGAGACAUCUCAGCGUCCUGACGUCUACGAACUUUUGGCCAGAUCUUUGGCUCCAAGUCUCUACGAAAUGGACGAUGUGAAAAAGGGAAUCUUGCUCCAACUUUUUGGAGGCACCAAUAAAACUUUCCAAAAGGGGGGAAACCCACGCUAUCGUGGUGACAUAAAUGUUCUUCUUUGUGGUGAUCCUUCCACUGCGAAAUCCCAGCUCCUUCGAUAUGUCCACAAGAUUGCUCCUCGUGGUGUGUACACCAGUGGGAAAGGUUCUUCUGCUGUCGGUCUGACGGCAUAUGUCACUCGUGAUCCUGAAACUCGCCAGCUCGUUCUUGAAUCCGGUGCGUUGGUGCUCUCAGACGGAGGCGUCUGCUGCAUUGACGAGUUUGACAAGAUGAAUGAGUCCACUCGGUCUGUACUUCACGAAGUUAUGGAACAGCAGACUGUAUCGAUUGCCAAGGCAGGAAUCAUCACUACUCUAAAUGCCCGAACAAGUCUUCUAGCCUCUGCCAAUCCUAUCGGAAGCAGGUACAACCCAAACUUGUCGGUUCCGCAGAACAUUGAUCUCCCUCCGACGUUACUUUCAAGAUUCGACUUGGUUUAUCUUGUUCUUGACCGUGUUGACGAACAAGAAGAUCGCCGAUUGGCCAAACAUUUGGUUGGCAUGUAUUUGGAAGACGCUCCUGAGAAUGCCAGUCGGGAGGAAAUUCUGCCCAUCGAAUUUCUCACUUCUUACAUCACCUACGCCAAAACCAGUAUUCAUCCUGUACUGACUCAACCAGCAGCAACCGCACUCAUCGAUGCCUACGUUGCUAUGCGAAAGCUAGGAGAUGAUAUCCGAGCUACGGACCGCCGUAUCACAGCUACAACGCGUCAAUUGGAGUCCAUGAUCCGUCUAUCAGAGGCUCAUGCUCGCAUGCGACUCUCCACUGAAGUGACGGCGGACGACGUCGAUGAAGCAGUGCGGUUGAUCCGAUCUGCGCUCAAACAGGCGGCUACCGACUCUCGCACCGGCCUCAUUGACAUGGGCUUGCUUACUGAGGGUACCAGCGCCAGCGAACGUCGUCGUCGUGAAGAUUUGAAGAAGGCUCUGCUGAGUGUAGUGGACGAGAUGGGCUCCAAGGGUGUUCCGCCUCGCUGGAACGAUGUCUCUCGGAGACUUGCCGAGGAGAGCACAGUGGACAUAGAAAGUAGUGAGUUUCAUAACGCCGUUCGGUCGCUCGAAACAGAGGGUCUCGUCAACAUUGUUGGCGAGGGCAUCCGACGAACUAUCCGCCGCGUUGGAGGUGCGCUCAUGUAA